AUGCUGCGUUGGAGCGGGAUAUCUGUGUCCCUGGCUGUGGCCACUCGCAUUUGCCUCCAUAAUAAACUCUCCCUUAGCCACUUUGAGGCCCCACCCCCUCGAGCGGAGCCCCGCCCCUGGGGUCCUGGCGCGUGCGCGGCCGUGCUCUUCCCGUGGGGCUCCGCGGCGCGGCAGAUUCGUACGUCGCUGCCGGCGGCUCCCCGCGAUGCCGGCCUGCUUCUCGCUGGUGUAGCCGCGGGCGGCAGGCGGAGCGACUCCUCGCCGCCGGCCGGGGGAAGCGGCUCUCGGAAGACUCAGCGGAAGCGGGCGAGCAUGUCGGGCGCGGACGCGUCGGGGGCGGAGCGGUGCGAGCCGAGGGCGGCGGCGGCGGGGGAGAACCCGCUCGUGUUCCUGUGCGCGCGCUGCCGCCGGCCGCUGGGCGACUCGCUGACCUGGGUGGCGGGCCAGGAGGACAACAACUGCAUCCUUCUGCGCUGCGUCUCCUCUAACGUGUCUGUGGAUAAAGAGCAGAAGCUGUCCAAGUGCAGAGAUGAAGACGGGUGCAUUCUUGAGACUCUGUCUUGUACAGGCUGCUCCCUCAGCCUUGGCUAUGUGUACAGAUGCACUCCCAGGCGCCUAGACUACAAGAGAGACCUGUUCUGCCUCAGCGUUGAAGCCAUUGAAAGUUACACCUUAGGAUCCUCUGAAAAGCAAAUCGUGCCAGAAGACAAGGAGCUUUUCAAUCUUGAAAGCAGAGUUGAGAUAGAGAAGUCUAUAAAGCAGAUGGAAGAUGUCCUGAAGGCCUUGGAAAUGAAGCUGUGGGAGGUGGAGUCCAAGCUGUCCUUUGCAGGCCGCUGCAGCUGACGGUGUUCCGUACACCCCCCCCUUGGUCCCAAAGUGUGGUCACACUCUGUCUUUGAGGGGAAGAGGUCACUGUUUCUUAAUUGUGUGAGUUCUUAUUUUCAUAAAAAAAAAACUGGGGUGAUUUUUCUGUUAAAUUCAUUGUAUGUGUGCAUUUGUCUAUUUUUUUUAAAACUGUCACUUUAAUACUUUGUAUAUUUAUGAAUGAGCAGUAAGAAAAUCACUCAUCUCGGAUAAGAUUUUAGUGGGAUGUAUUAGAUUUGGACUUUUUAUAAUGUAAAACUUCUAUAAGGAACAUGUAUUAUUUUUAUAAUAAGGAAGAGAAUAAAGAUUUUAAAAGUG